CGUGAAUCUCGAAGUGACUGGUCGUUUGGCUGUCGGCCUUCCUUCUCCAUUCGGCAGCCGAGGCGUACGGACGUGUAUUUAUUAUUCACCUCAGUUCCGCGUCUCUAGUGAUUGAUUUUUCUUAAUUAUCUUCUCUUUAACAAGAAGUUAAUUAAAUUGAUAAACUCCAUUCGAUAAAACUAAUUCGUUCGCCCGAGUGAAUUAGUUGAAUUGCGCGAAAAAAAUCCGCAAUUAUUUCAAAAAUUAAUUUGUUCAUUUGAAUAAACAAUAAAAGUUUGAAUAAUGGCUGAUCAGGAGAAUAAGGACUUCAGUGAGGACAUCGCCGACCAGUCUUUCGAGCAGAACGGAGAGGCGGAAAAUGGCGGCGGCGGUGACGCCACAGAAAAUGGACAGGAUUCCCAGGAAGACAGGUCUGCUGGCGGUAACAACCAGGAGUCGCUGAAUGACAGGAAAUUGUUCGUUGGAGGUCUCAGUUGGGAAACCACUGACAAGGAACUAAGAGAUCACUUUGGUUCAUAUGGAGACAUCGAGAGUAUCAAUGUCAAGACAGAUCCCAACACUGGAAGGUCAAGGGGCUUUGCAUUCAUCGUCUUUGCCAAGGCUGAAUCGCUGGACAAGAUUAUGCAAGCUGGUGACCACAUCAUCAACAACAAAAAAGUUGACCCGAAAAAAGCCAAGGCACGACACGGAAAAAUCUUUGUCGGAGGACUGUCUACUGAACUGUCUGACGAUGACAUUAAGAACUUCUUCUCUCAAUUCGGCACCAUCGUUGAUGUCGAAAUGCCAUUCGAUAAGACAAAGAACCAGAGGAAGGGUUUCUGCUUUAUCACGUUUGAAUCAGAACAGGUGGUCAACGAACUCCUCAAGACACCAAAACAAACGAUCAAUGGCAAAGAGGUUGAUGUAAAGAAAGCUACACCAAAACCAGAUGGCAUGGGUGGAAUGAGAGGUGGUGCUGUUGCCAGAGGUGGUCGUGGACGAGGCCGCGGCCGAGGAUUUGGAGCCCAGGGAGGCUGGGGCCAGAGCAAUUACAGCGGUGGCUAUGGAUACGGUCAGGGUGGCUAUGGUGGUGGAUAUGAUGGUUACAAUUACGACUACUACAGCGCUGGAUACGCUCCCUACGAUUACAAUGGUUACGACGGCUAUGGCUAUGGCGGGGGUAGUUACGAUGGUGGCUACAAUGGCGGGCGCGGUGGUGCACGGGGUAAAGGCUCCCUGCCCCACAACAAAUCUCACAACUCGUCGAAUCAUCAUUCCAUUAAGCCCCGUCAUUUUCAACCACAAGACAUGCAACAACGCAGACAACUGUCGCAAAAUAAUUACACCCACCAAGAUCACCAACAGAAGCAGCAAUAGCUUGUAAAGCAAUGAUCGAUUCUUUACUUUCGUUCUUUCAUCGUUCAUAAACCCCUCAAAUGAAGAAUAUUAAAAUUUUGCUUGCUCCGUCAUUAUUUCAGGUGGCUUAUUUUCUUUACACACAUAAGUUUAAAAUAUUAGAAAUUAUGGAUUCAUUAACGCUCUUGAUAUGUAUUAUUGUGUACAUACUGGAGACGUACAUGUGUUUUCUAAACUGUAUUUUUCUCCCUUGUCACUUUUAUCUCUCGUCUUUUGUACAAAUUCAUUAAAUUCACCCCCAGUCUUCUUCACUAUUUUCAGUCACUUCAUAAUUUAUCAAAAGAAUUCAACAAAAAUUAUCAAUGAUUCAUUCACUCCAUCCAACAUUUUGUACAAAAGAUGAAUAGAUUAAGAGCGAAAAAAGGCCAACAAUGUAUGAAUUUGUCUAAUCAUUAAGUGACACAAUAGUAAAACAAUAAUUACGAUGUGAACGUAAAAAAUGAUUGAAGUAAUCGACGUAUGUCCUCACACCUUUUUUAACAAUAAGAUUAUUUUAAUUUUGUCUAUAAUUGAUAUUUACUACUACUAGUGUUUAAGUAAGCAGGCAAUGUACUUUUUACUGAAAAAAAAACAAAAGAAUGGAAAAUGAUACGAACAGAACAAAUUAGUGACAGUUUCUACAUGUAGAAAUUGUUUUAUGUUUACGAUUAAGUACGUGUCGUAAAAAGAAUAAUUGCUUCCUUAUUGCUAAGUUAAUAGGAUUAAAUAAAUUCAUUUUGUGUACAUAA